AAUAAUAACAUAGAAGUUUAUCCGUUUCAAUAUUUGAGCAAAACAAUUUUUGAAUCAAAGAUGGAAGUUGUAACGAUUAGUUUGUCUGCGCUGUUUUUUAAUGUGCUUUGUAUUCUUUCUUUUAUAAGUUAUAGGUAUUAUAAACGCAGCAGAACAAGUGCCAGCAAUCCAGAAUCCACUGUAGAAAAUGAUAAUUCAAAGCUGAAAGAACAAAUGAAAACAGAACAAACACAAAAAAAGAAGCAAAUUUUCAAAAAACCAGCAAAAGUGAAACGAAAAAAUGUGCCAAAACAACUCCCAUCAGACACAGCCAGGGAUUCAGAUACGGAAAGUUAUACUUUGGAUGAACAAUUAGCUCAGACUAUCAUGAGUCAGCAGUUUACGCAUGAUGUCAUCAAUACAUCAGCAGUUAAUGCGAAACCAACUGUGAAAAAAUCAAUUCCUGAAACUUCUCAGACAUCAACAAAACCUAACCACAGAAGGAAAGGAUUAUUAACAAAAGAAUCCGUUUAUGAACGAGACGAGGAUUGGUCUAACGUAAUAAGCAAAAAACAUAAAAAGAAAUUAUACCCCGUCACACAAACUUCUCUCGAAGACGACGAGCAAGCGAAAUAUGGAUUUACUCUUGAUGAAGAAGGCGGGAUCGUGGAAAUACCGAUGCUGGAAUUAUCUUUUCCUUCUGAAGCUGUAAUGAGGCCAUUACAAGUCCACGUUCAAGUUGAAAAAUAUAAAAAGUUCGUUGACGAUACAGAAGAAAAAGUCUACCUUACCCCGGCGAUUCAUUUCUCCACUGAUGAUCCAACGAGAACCAAACUCCACCGACAAGUAACUUUAACAGUGAACACUAAAAGAAUGAUGGGCAGAGGAUGGGAUGGGAACGUUAAUUGUCAGAUUGAGAAACAAGAUGCCGAUAGCACUUGGACAACAACAGGGAGAACUGAAUAUAUAUUUGGAAAACCAGUGAAGAUACAGACAGAUGAACUUGGAAGCUACCGAGUUGUGCUCACUAGAGGGCAGAAUGGAGCAAUCACUAGAGGGCUACGUGUGGCUGCGUACAUCGCUAAACCGAAAGUUCAGAAUCCAGACUAUCAUUUCAUUCAUCUCUGUGUCUUCGAUAAAAGCAUCGAAACUGAAUACAAAGUCCAGAACAACAUGCAAAAGUUUUUACUCAAAAUGGAACCAAGGAAUUGCAGUGUGCUAUUUGGCUCAGAUCUUCAAUUUCGUAUAAAACCGACUCAAAAAUACAGUCCCGAUGAACGAGAUGUUUUCAUGAGAUGGACUGAGAUUUGUAAAGCGUUCGUUAAUGUCCAUUUUCAAAUAAAACUCACAAAAAAUGAAUUUAAGGACCCAAAUUUUGAGGCAGAAUAUCGUACUCAAGUGUUUUUGGACAUUUUAAAAGUUUCUCCGAGCCAAACCACAACUCAGUCUGAAUAUUUUCAUUUCUACUGGAUUUCAGCGACUUUUUACCCGAAACGUAAAAAUAAAAAAGGUUUAACAUCCUCGAAUGAUCAAGAAAAAAUCUCCGAAGAUGAUGGAUUUGCAUCUGGCUCGGAAUCAACAAAUCACUCAAUUUCAUCUCCGCAAACAUCUCAAGCCGCCAAUGUCAACUUUCCUGGUUUUACUCAAAGUAAUCAAGUCACCCAAUCAACGAAUAUUACAAAUAAAAAACGUCGUAAUCGUAAGAAAAAGAAUCCAGUUCAAACCGUCCAAUCAAGUUCUCCUAUGCCUUCUUCAGCCCCCAUAUCUGCAUCGACUGUAACCCCCCAUUUCAAAGUGCCACUGCCCCCUAGUGGAUAUAUGACUCCUCACUCCGAUUCUGCCAAAACUACAAUCACAAAUAAUGUGCAAUCAACCGUAAAAGCUGCAGCAACUCAAUCGAGCCAAUCGCAGACGAAUAAUAAGAAGCCAUCUCCAAUGAAGCACGACACUUCAGCCAAUCAGAAAGCAUCUUCAACUCCUAAAAAUCAGACCGUUAUAUCAGGGACCGGUAAUGCAAAGCCACAAACUUUAAAUGUGCAAUCUUCUCCUCCCACUGUCCAUACAGGGAACUCCCAUACUGUCAAGACCAAAAAACCCCAAAUUUCUUCAAAAACUGAAAAAACAUCGAAUUUUUCAAUGAAAAACGGGCCUAAAAAUUCUGUAAAACUGUCUAAUGAACAUACAACUGAUAAACGUGAAUCCCAAAAUGCUAAAGAAGGUCUAAAUGAAAGACCUUUCAAAAAAGUUUUUCGUUAUCGAUCACCGAGCAAAAAAAGAAGUCAAAAUUUCAAGAAAAAUGAACCACAAGAUGGGGCUAAUGGUACACCCAAAGAAGCUCCCACUGAAGUUGGAGAAACUACUAGAAAAGCCGCUCCUAUGGAUAUGAAAACCGCUUCAGAGAACAGUAAAACGAACCGAAGGAAGGAAGUGAGAUCUAAGGAUCCAAGAAGUACAAAUAAGGGAGAUCAUAUUCCAGUACAAAAUGGGCCUUCAUCAAAAAGCACUUCACUGAAAAAUAGGGGGCAAGGGACAUCGAAACACAUUAAUGAGACGUCAAAAAAUAGUGACCGAGGGUCACCAAAAGACAUCGAAAAGCCAUUUUCAAAUACGACAAACUCUACAAAGCCGAGUUCACAUGGAAAUUCGAAACGAGGCCGGAAUGAUAUGGCUGACCGAUCACAGCUGACAAAAGUUUCAUCCAACAAUAAUAAACAACGGACAUCAGUAGACACACCCAGGCAUAAUUCUUCUGGGAGUUACAAGCGACAGAAGAAUGAUAUGCAUGACCGAUCACAGCCUGUAAGCAAAGAUUCACUUCAGCGAACACAGCCUGUUCAAAGCAAGCCUAAUGAUAAGCCAUAUACAACCAAGUCGAAAAUGGGUUCAGUUGAAAAUUCAUUUAAAAGUGAAAGGGAGGAUAUGCAUGGCCGAUCACAGCCUGUAAGCAAGGAUUUACAUCAGCAAACACAGGCUGGGGUAAUUAAGCCGCACACCAGUAAAUCGAAUUCAGCAAAGCCAGAAAUGCGAUCAGCUGAUACUCCGAUCGACCGAUCACAGCCUGCGAGCAAAGAUUCAAAUCAGCAGGCUGAUUCUGGCAGCAUUCCACAUCAGCGAUCACAGGGUUCACGACCUCAAAACCAGUACCGUAACAAACAAAGACAAUACAAUCGGAAUCGUUCAAAAACCCCAAACGAAAGAAAACCAACAAAGUCUCAUUCAAUCAAUAGUACAUCUACUAACGGACAAUUCCAUGCACCAGACCCUUCCAAAUCUUCUGGGGACCACCCCGGUUCACCCAUCAAACCCCGUCAAUAUAUUCAACAUCAUCAACAACUAAAACCGAAGCUGCAGAAUCCCAACACGCCGUCUCAAAAUGACCAAAAUCAUCUUAAAAUGACCAACGGAACUAUGGAGAACGGCACGGCUUCAUCCCCAAAAGAACAAAGGCAACGUCAGUUUAGAGGCCCUAGAAAAGCUCAAUCAACAGAAGCAAACCAUAUUGAAUCUUCUCACUGAAGGAAUAGUCUCGAACGUCAACAUGCUGCUGCUUUAGAUAGGCCUUCGCUGCAUAUAUUUUGUUUCCAAAUAAUAUUCUACUAUCUGGCUGUUUUCCUGACAAUAUUGUCGCAGAUUCUUUCAAGUUUCUUGUCAACCUGUAUAUACUAAUUAGCAUAUACAUAGCUCAAUAUGUGACAGUGCUUUGUCCAACUUUCUGAAAUGAAUUUUUUUGUGCACUCUGAACAUGGCCUUAAACAAGCUAAAAUGUAUAAAACUGUUAUGCUCCUAUUUUUAGAUGCCAUACUAGAAACAUUCACAUCAAAGCAAAGCCGUGGAAAAUGAUUAGGAAAAUUUGGUAUAGGCUGCAAUGCUUUAUAUUAAGUAAGCUCUGCCUGCUGCUUAGAGCAAAGGUGUGCAAUUGGCGUCCUACGCUCCAAAACCUGGCGCGCCAAGCCAUUUAAUGUUGCCUUCAGAUUUUUAUCCGACAAUUUGUUCAAUAGGGCAAUUUUGUCACUGCUUUAAAUCUUUCGUUGUUUUGCCCGGUACCUUUAUUAUUAUAAGGCUAGGCGAUAACUACGCUCUCUUUUCUUGUCUUUUCCGCGGGGUGGUGUACGUAGGCAAACUUAACUUUUUGUGUGGCCCAUAUAGAUAUCUGAAGUUGGUUAUAUGGCCCAUCGACAAGAAUUGUUUCACACCUCUAGUCCAGAGGCUCAUUCACUAUAAAUGUCUUUAUCACCAAAAUCACCUCUCUGAGAAAUUUAAUCUCGUUUCCUGGCAGUUUCUUUUUGAACUGCUUCAAGUUUUGUUUAUUCUGUACUCAUAAGCAUCUCUAUCUCAAUAAUAUGUCUCAUGUGGAUCUUCUGUAACCUGGGGUUUCAUGUAACUAACUUCUUAUGCACGUUUCUGGGUAUUAUUUAUACUUUGAGUGAAACGAGUAAACCAUCUCCAAACAUACUAAGCUGACGAUAUUAAUUUGAAAUUGAAAGUUUAACUUUGAUUGAUAAAAUUAUUUUUGAGUUUUUAAAUUUUAAUUUGGCUGUAGUAAUAUAUAUUUGGUGCCUAUUUUAUGUAUUUUAAAGAUUUUUCUGUAAAUUUAAGAUUUUAUUUAACAGCCUUUGAAAAAAAAUUUAAUUUUAUUAUCUCAUUUAUUUAACCUAAAAAUGUAGCAAAAAUGGUAAAAAAAAAAAAAAAACUCAAGGAUUUACGUAAAAAUAUACUUUAUUAUAUACUAAUUUAGAACAAGUGCAAUUGAUCUGUCCUUACCUCUCCUGGUUUUAAGUACUAAUAUGGAAAUUCCAGUUCAUUUUUUGCUUUUUUCUCGAUUUAAACUCAAUUUCUAAAAUUGGAAAAAAAAACAAAUUGGGAUCCUGAAGGCAUACUUUAGAGCAGUGGUUCUCAAACUUUUUGAGCUUCACCCCAUAUUUGGCUAUCUAUUGCAAAUCCAACACUUGCCUCUUGUAAGAUGAGUAUAGAAUUCUCAUGAGAAACAGACUUUUAGUCUUAUUAAAAAGAGACCUGUUCAUGAUUUUUGUAUUUCAAACACAAAAUUUUUGUAGUUAUUGGUGUUUUAGUGUUUCCCAAAACUUUAUUCGGUGAUGAGCCUUUUUUACUUCCUGAGUUAGCGAGCAUAACCAUGCUUUUGAGUAAAUUCUCGUCCAAAAUUUUUUUGUAUUUUCACUCUAGGCAUACCUAUUGAUCAAAUAUCAAGUCUUAACUUCAGCUUUUUGAAUAUUCAUUGUAAAUUGCAGAACCACCACUUUUAAAAUGUAAAAAAAAAGCUUUUUUCUGUAUCAUGCUUAGCUAUUUUUUGUAGUGUGAAACGCUUUUUAGACCCCAAAGACGAUUGAAAACCCAUGUUUCCCACUUUAGAGACUUUAGCAAUUAGGAAUUCCCCCCCCCCAUUUUAAAUUGCUAGCUACGCCCCUGUACAAAUUGUUAAUUGUUUGAAACUUAUCAAGUAAAAUUACAGAUUUUGUUUAAGGCACUUAAGCGUAGUCAUUCUCACACAAAGUUAGAUACACUGCAUCUCAUCCUUGUUAAGUAUAUUUUUAAACAUGAAGCAUAGCUUAUUCUAUCUGCCUUAUUAGUAUUAGCCUUAACUUAUUAUCAUUCCCCGAACUCUCUAUUUCCCUAUAACUUUUCCCAGAGAUUUUUACUUCUGAAUGAGUGCUCGUAACUUUGCUCAGAGAUGAGUCUCCUUUACUCCUGAGUGAGUGCCCGUAACGUUGCUCAGAGAUGAGUCUCCUUUACUCCUGAGUGAGUGCCCGUAACGUUGC